AUGGGAGACGAUGCAGCGAGCGACUUCUGCCACAAGUACGAGCUGCCUUCAAUGUUCCCAGCAGGCGAAGUGGGCCAAGAGCAAGGUCGCAUGCCCGAGUCACAGCAAGAUGAAGAACAGACGGAAGCGGGCAUUGGCGACGGGCACGACGACUUCGAAGGUUGGGCGACACUCACUGCCGCAUUGAACGGUCUGCUUCACACACAAAUUCCAGAACAUGCACGCCCUCGGGUAGUCAAAGCCCUCGACUCGCUUGACAGGCUCGGGUUUCCCACACGGCCUGAACACCAAACGCUUCUGGCGACGAGAACACUGGCAACGGUGCCUCUGUUAUGGGACGAAGUGUCCCAUGCAACAGCUGACCAGCCUCGGCCACAUACACAUGUCCCUCACUUCGAGCCACCACCAGAGACUCGGUUGUCCUACGAAGUAUUCGCGCGACUUGCUACUCAGUACGAGAAGAGUCAUACUCAUGCAGCGCCGGAAGGCCGUCAUGCUCAGCCAUACAAUGAAAGAGAGGGGCAGCCUUCGAAUAUCCAAUAUGGCAGCAAUGAUGUCCACACAGCAACAUUUGGAGAGCGGCUCCGGGAUCUUCAGAUGCCCCAGAGCAAUGUGGGCAGAAACCAAACGCCACCACAGACUGACGACCAGCCCAGAGAACAUACUCAGUCCUUCAGCGACUAUCUGACCAGUAUCGACUGGGAUCUUCUCGAAGGUCGUGACGACACCUCGAUGUUCCAGCCAACCGGCUUACCAGCAACGCCGUCCGGAGAACCAGUGAACACUGGCGACGCGGAGACGGACAUUCUCAGCCUGCAUUCGGAAGCUCCUGAUGCCAUCCAUCCAGGGCCACCCGUGCAGCCCGCUCAACCCACACAGCCGGUGCAGCACGUGCCUGUUGGCGUGAGAUAUGCUUGCGCCUGGCCAGACUGCCAAGCUGAGGGCAAGAGCUGGGCGACCCCAGGCGGGCUCAACAAACACUUGAAGAACUGCCACACGCCGGAAGAGAGCAAGAGGUUCAAGUGCGACGUCUGCUCAAAGCGUUUCGUCUGGGACAACCACUUAAGGCGUCAUUUGAGCUCCCACACCGAUGAGUGCCUCUUCGAAUGUGGCCAUUGUAACCAUGCGUUUACCAGGUCCGACAACUUGCAGCGUCACUGCCGGGAAUCCUGCAUGGUCAUCGAGCUGUCGUCUCCAUCGUCCAGUGCUAGCAAGAAAAGAUGCCGAUCAGCACGCUCGUCACGCGCAUCGUUGCCCUCGGUUGCGGAAGGCGUCGAAGCGGAAGUUGUCGAGAGGCAAGGACUCAUUGGUCACCACUUUGCAGGACCUUCAAACUUCCAAGCUGGCGGCGUGCGAGCACUCGUGGACGACAUGGCCAUUGACGAUAACAUCUGA